GAAUCUUCUCUUUUUUACUCCAUUCAAGAGCAGCAUUCAUAAAUUUCCAGAAUGGAGAUCUCCUCUCAUCAGUCUCACCUCCUGCAGCAACUGAACGAGCAGCGCAGGCAAGAUGUAUUUUGUGACUGCAGUAUUCUAGUUGAAGGGAAGGUCUUCAAAGCACAUCGAAAUGUAUUAUUUGCUAGUAGCGGCUACUUUAAAAUGCUUCUUUCUCAGAAUUCAAAAGAGACAAGUCAGCCAACCACAGCUACAUUUCAGGCUUUCUCCCCUGACACUUUUACAGUUAUCUUGGACUUCGUAUAUUCUGGCAAACUGUCUCUUACUGGUCAGAAUGUCAUAGAAGUGAUGUCGGCUGCUAGCUUCCUUCAGAUGACUGAUGUCAUAAGUGUAUGUAAGACUUUUAUUAAAUCUUCCUUAGACAUUAGUGAGAAAGAAAAAGAUCGCUAUUUCAGUCUCUCAGAUAAAGAUGCCAAUUCUAAUGGUGUAGAACGUUCCUCUUUUUAUAGUGGUGGCUGGCAAGAAGGAAGCAGUUCUCCACGUUCUCACCUAAGCCCAGAGCAAGGAGCAGGUAUAAUAAGUGGAAAAUCUUGGAAUAAGUAUAAUUAUCAUCCAGCCUCCCAGAAGAAUACUCAACAACCCUUGGCCAAGCAUGAACCAAGGAAAGAGUCCAUUAAAAAGACCAAACAUUUGAGAUUGUCACAGCCUUCUGAAGUUACUCAUUAUAAGUCAAGCAAACGAGAAGCACGAACAUCUGAUUCUUCCAGCCAUGUUUCCCAGUCUGAAGAACAAGCACAAAUUGAUGCUGAAAUGGACUCUCCUCCUGUUGGCUAUCAGUACGGUCAAGGAUCUGAUGUCACAUCCAAAAGUUUUCCAGAUGAUCUGCCCCGGAUGCGAUUCAAGUGCCCGUACUGCCCACAUGUGGUGAAGCGGAAGGCAGACCUAAAGCGCCACCUUCGCUGUCAUACAGGAGAAAAGCCCUAUCCAUGUCAAGCCUGCGGAAAAAGAUUUAGCAGACUAGACCAUCUAAGUAGCCAUUUUCGAACAAUUCACCAGGCAUGUAAACUCAUCUGCAGAAAAUGUAAACGUCAUGUGACAGAUCUAACAGGGCAAGUGGUACAGGAGGGAACCAGGCGCUACAGACUGUGUAAUGAGUGUCUUGCAGAAUUUGGCAUAGACAGCCUCCCCAUUGACUUGGAAGCUGAACAACAUCUUAUGUCCCCAUCAGAUGGAGAUAAGGAUUCCAGAUGGCACUUGAGUGAAGAUGAGAAUAGAUCCUAUGUGGAGAUUGUAGAAGAUGGGUCUGCUGAUCUGGUCAUCCAACAGGUUGAUGAUAGUGAAGAAGAAGAAGAAAAAGAAAUUAAGCCCAACAUUAGGUAGCUGCAAUGUGAACCAACAGAGCUGGCAUGUCUGCAAUUUACAAUGACUUCCUGUAUCUCUCUCUUUCUGUGGUCAGAGUCUAGUUAACAAAUUUAUCAUACUGACUUUAAAGAAAUGAUCUGAUAUAACUUGCAUGCUUUCUGAACAGGCCAUUGUAUCCAUUCUGAACUUUGUUGCCCUAAAAUGUGUUGCUGCACUGGAAAGAAAGAACUAGCUUGAGUUGGCAUGAUGGAUGAACAAUUAUCCUCUUACUUUCAUUACAAUCCUCUUACUUUAUUACAGAGAUACCCUUUUUCUUUUAAUAUUGGAAGAUCUACUUAGCAAACUUUUUUCAAAGAAAAUACUUUAAAUAAAUUCACCACAUCCAAACUUUAUGUAAGACAAUUUCAAGGUGUUUCAAAAACACAUAUACAACCGAUGUUUAAUUUCACAGGAAACCAGUUAAGAGCACAUUUAAGGAUCUGGCAACCCACCUGACUAGACAAAUUAGUCUUUGUAUUAAUUUGAGAUCUGAAACAAUCUGUCAUUACUCUGAUAUCCUGAACGUUUAAGGAUUAUGGACGAAGACUAAAAUGUUUGAAAUCAUUCAUAUUUGACAUUUUUAUCAUUAGGUUAAAAUUACUCUCAGUAUUGUUAAAAACAAAACAAACAAACAAUAAAAAAAAUGAAAGUAGAGGCUGACCAAAGAUUAAAUGCAGAUAUUUUCUUAAAGCAGGAAACUAAUGUUGCCUAAAAGUCAAGGCAGUUUGUGAAGAUGAUCUGUCAAUAUGGUCAUCCAUCUCUCUAAAGAAAAACAGGCCAGGCGCGGUGGCUCACGCCUAUAAUCCCAAUACUUUGAGAGGCCAAUGCAGGCGUAUCACCUGAGGUCAGGAGUUUAAAACCAGCCCGGCCAACAUGGUGAAACCUCAUCUCUACUAAAAAA